AGCAGCUUGAACGGCAGAGGGCGGCAGAGACAAAAGCUAGCAUUGUGCAAGCUAAGUAAGACAACUCCAGCUCCAGGUGGACCCUUUGCCUUCGUUUGGAGGCAACAAUCAACCUUGUCAGCAUAGUCCAACAUUCGCUCGCUUCCUGCUGGGGCGCUGUUAACUUUUCUGACCAUGGUCGCAGCUGACCAGAAAGCGGGCUCGGGCCUUUUGACGCCCAUCGACAAGGAGGAGGACUUUGUCGAGAAGCUAUGCAGUACUGGCAUCAAAGUUGUGGAGGUCUAUUCGCCUUGGGUGGGCCCAUGCGUAGCCAUCCACCCCACCCUGAAACAGCUCAGGACCGUCCUCUCAGACAACCCCAGCACUGCAGAAGUGUCUGUGGAGUUCCUCUCAGUACCCAGUGAUCAGAUUGCAGAGCUCGAGCAGUUCCAGGGGAAGUCGCAGCCUCACUUCCUUUUGUAUCAGAACGGUCAUCUGAAGGAGACGAUUGAUGGUGCGAAUGCCCCGGCUCUGACAAAGUCGGUGACCUCUCUAGCUGCCGAAGCGGCUGAUUCUCAGGAGAAUCUAGACGACAAUCCGAGGUUUGUUAAGAAGCGGGAAGAGCAGGUUGCGCGAUACAAUUCCGUAACAAAACCCUCUCAGUGAUUCAACCUUCUGUGAGUUCUGCUUAUGUCGGACCCCCUGUCGAUCUUAUCGGCUUAUCGACAAAGAGCUGUG